GUGCAACAUUUGAUGCGCACUUGAAUGCAGCACAUGACUAGGGAGUGAACGUUGCCGUUGUUGUCAUAUUUCCGUGAGGAGAGCAAAGGUUUCAGUCGACUUCCUAGCUAAGGUGACAGAGAGCCAGAAUGGCGGAUGUUUCAGUGAUCCCCAUGCCAGCAGACGAUCUGCAGUUGUCUAUGCUUGAGCGAAUCAGCAGAGAAAGAGGUGCAGACCCCCAAAAAAUGGCGUCAGACUUUGUGUCCGAGAAUAAACACAAGACGGUAUCCUUAAUCAAUCCAAGUGGUGCCAAAUUCAUGAUAGGAGACCUGGAAGACACCAUGUACAGAGGGAAAUAUAACGAGGUGAACGGGUGGGGAAAUUUCUACCUUCCUGAGAAAGUACGCAUGCAGGUUAUAGGUGUAGUGGAGGGAACCUCGUGCCCGUGUGACGAGCUCGUUCUGAUGAUCUGCUGCGAGGACGCACAAGUGUAUGCCUACGAUGGAGAGGAAGAGGAGCUGCAUUUGGUGGCUUCAAGUCUGGAACAGCUACUUCACGUGGGAAUAGAGUAUCCAGCAUCUAAGAGCUAUUACAAAGGAGAGGCCUUCAAAGAUGUGACCGAGGAGGACUGGGCAGAGGUGAGGAACAGCGAUGUGGGGAGGAGGCUGGACGAAGAGCAUCAUAAACUGGUGAUGUCAAAAAAGUCUGAACUCCUGAAGAAUCUCAAAUCCACCAAACACACCACAGGAGUCUACAGCUGAUGCUUUUUGGUUUUUGUACUGUUUGCUGCCUCAUAUGUGCAAAAAAACCCACAAGUACAUACAUACACUAUAUAAUUUGUUCUGUGGUUCUUUUAAUAAUAGCCUGAUCUAGUGUAUCUGUUUUAAUCAAAUAAUGACUCAGUGGUAUUCAGUCUAAGCACGAUUGAUGAUGAAUCAUACAGACUGAUGACC